AUGCCGUCUGUUUUCCAAGGCGUUUUCUGCGCUGCUCUUUUGCUCGCUGUCAUCGAAGUUUCUUUGGCUUGCUUCGCCUCCGGGGUCUGUGGAGGUGGUUGCCCUCCUCCUCCGCCUCCAGUUUGCUCCGGAGGUACUGUAUAAGUUUACUUCUUUCGUUUGUUAGAUUUCAUUUAGAGGCAAUCAGCUGUUUUCUUCCAGAUAAGACCUAAACUGUGUCAGUUCAAAAGACUUCGUCUCUCUCAAAAUGUCCUUAAAAUCCAUUAAAAAAGGUUUUUAUGCAAUUGGCAAAAGAAAGCUUAAUGUACGUAUCGAGGAAAAGGAAUCGUAACUCAGAAUUUCAAUGCUGCUUCUUCAUGAUUUUUCAGAUACAAGUUAGACAAAAUCAAUAAGCUUGAAAAAAAUUCCAAUAUUUUUGAGAGUAACAGAAGGUUUCCAACGAGGAUCAGAUGAAGAGGAAAAAAAGUAAAAGUUCUAUUCAAUUUUUUCAGGAUGCGGUAUGGGCUACGGUUGCGGUCAAUACGGAUGCUAUCGAGCUCGAGCUCGAGCUGCCUCGGCUAGAACUCUAUCCAUUUCUGAAUCGAAAGUAACGGAAACUCUAUGAGAUUAUCCUUAUAAGAAAAAUUUCCAGGCUGCUUCCACUCCCGACGAGAAAUUCAUGCAAUGUUGCGAAGACCGAAACCUUCCUGAUUCCUGCUUGAGCAAGUGCAGUUUCCGCACUUACACCAAGGCUGCUCUUCAAGUGAUAUCUUGAAUUUUUAGCUUAUUUUGAAGUAGAAACUUGCAGGCUAUGUACUUCAAGCAGGACGCUUGCCCAAUGCAAGCUGCGGCCGAUAUCCAUUACUGUGCUGCUCAGGGUCAAGACCACCGUGAUUGCUGCGCCAGAAACGGAGUUGCUACCACUUUGGCUGGCGAAAAGGUAGCUUUAAUUUGAGUUUAUCGUUUUGUUAACUAGAAAAUGGUGUCUUCUGAACAUUAAAUUGAGAUUUGGGACUUUUUGAAUAGGCGGGUCCAGAUAAAAGUUCUGGAAACCAGAAAGAUAUGUCUGCUAAACAUCACAGGCAGCCAAGAAAAAGCACGUCAAAAGAUUUUCAGCGCGUAUAUUAACAGGCUCAAGUCCUCCGGUGUGCAUUUUGAACACUUACGAAAAAUCACAAAAACGAAACCACGAAAAAAACCAAAUACCGAUAUGAAAAUUCGAAAAAUACACAGUGAUUUUGCCUGUGAUCAGUUUCUGUUUUGCUGAGAACAAACUUCAACGACAAGAUAAACAGCAAAAGCUUCAAAUCCCAAAUUUUCAUGACAUCCAACUCAAAAAUAUUUCAUUCCCAAAAACAAUCUUUCGCACCACUACUUGUUUAUUUUCCAGUGCAUGACUUUCUGCGACCAAAGGCCCGGAAACGUCACGCAACUCGACCUCACUUACUUGGCGUGCUACGACCGGUUUGAGAACAUGAAGGCCUGCUUCUGGCAAGACGUCACCGAAAAGUCGGCUCCCGCUUUCUCUUUCAACACAGAUGGAGAGGAUCGAGGCUUCGCUGCCGCUCCCCGAGUUCCUUUCGCCAAGACCUUCGGACAAUAA